AUGAAUGACCGAAUGAAUGAUUCAAUGUCAAUUGGCUCAUCAUGUGAAAACAGAUAUGAUCGUCUUAGAUAUCUUUCCUAUCCAAAUACAAAUGUUUUCAUUGUUUGCUUUUCAGUGAAUAGUAGAUCUUCAUAUGAUAACGUCAAGGAAAAGUGGCUCAAAGAAUUGAAUGAAUACAGCAAGGGAACACCAAUUAUUCUUGUUGCAACCAAGAUCGAUAUCAGAGAUGAUAAAGCCAUGGUUGAACAAUUGGCUAAGGAAGGAGAAAAAGUCCUCACACCAGAAGAAGGAGAACAAUUAGCCAAAGAAAUUGGAGCAGCUCACUAUAUUGAAACAUCAGCAAGAACGAGAAAAGGUGUUGAUGAAAUUUUCCAAAAGGCACUCGAUGUUCGUUUUAAGGGUGGAAAGCCAAGCGGAGGUAAUAAUCAAGGAAGUGGUGACAAUGCUGGUUGUUGCAUUUUGAUGUAA